AUGAAACUCACGAAAGAGGAGAGGGAGCAAAUGCAACUGAGCGGUGGUGGAGCAGCACCGCCCUCCACACAGGAUAAAAAUGAUAGUAGAAAUUAUUGCACCAGCCAACAACAAGAACUCGAAACGGCAUGCUGGCUAGACUUUCUGGAGGCGGACGUACGAGGGGAGGUGACGCUGCAUACGCCGCCGGAACUACAACAGUCCUCACAGAAGCAAGAUCAAAGCACAAGUUGUGGUGCUUCUACAUCGUCAUCAACUUCUUCACGACAGAAGUCCCGCCUUGCGUUUGAGUGGAUGAUGUCGAUAGGGUACAAGAUCUCGUGUCCCUGUUAUCACAGGAAAAAAUGUUUACGGGUACUUAACGCUAAUACGGAAUUUGUGAUGCGGCAAUGCAUCACAAAAAGUACCCAAAUUUGUCAUGCAUAGCAUGCAUACUAGGCGAGAUGUGUGAGGCAUGGCUGCAAUCUGUGAAUAAAACCGUAAACGUUAAGGCUUUUUCUUGUGAUACCUGUUACGGUGGCUUUAUCGACGUUGCGGGCAGUUUCAGUGUCGUGGAUUUUUGCUCGGAGUAUUACUACGAUGGGGAUUACGAGAUGAAAAGAAUGGAGGAUUUGGUCGCAGAGGAGAAAAUGCAGCUUCUGAACGAGAGCAAAUCAACAAAGUCUUCUCCCGACGAGCAGCAAGAAGAUGAAGAGCGCAAGAUGACGAGUAUCGCUGUGGACAGGAGUGCGCUUGCGGAAAAGAACUUGAAGAAGUCGAACGGCCCGCAGGUCACCUGCUUCGUGGACGAGGGAUCGAUUCAGGAGUGGAAGGGCUACUUUCCCCCCGGCAUGUUCGUGAAAAUGCACAAGCGGCUGGUGGGGUUGCUGCAAACGCAGGGCAUUUACAUGGUCCGCGAGAUGCUCGUACACGACUGGAUCGAGGCCGUGCGGGACCGAUAUGAGGUGGAUAUUUAGAACUUACAGAUGACAAGGUUAAGGAUAAGGUGUGUGAUUGUGGAAAUAUUAACUUAGUGUUUAGUAGAAGUUUGUUGAAGUAGUAGAAAGAAAGUUUGGAGAUCAACAGAAAGUUUCUAGUAGAAAGAAAGUUUCCUGCCAUGGAGAUGAACAAAGCGACGCACUUGCACUUCCGCUGGAUGCUAGCUGGGGCUAGGUCGUUUCAAGUGGAAAACUUCCUUGGUCUCGUGCGCGCAAACUUUCCGCGGGACAUGCAGCUGCCACUCUGGUGGAAGGCGACGUACUCGAGGCAGGAAUGGGAAAUCAAUCCGUUUUUGAGCUGGAAUGGAACAAUCGGUUUUUGGGCGAAGGCGAUGCUGGAGGGUGCGGAAAAAGGCAAGUGUGUAUACGUCGUGGAAGUGGAUUAACUAAAUAAAGUAUACUCUUAGUUACUCGUGCACCACGUCCAUGCUGAUAGAUACAGCACUAGUACACGCUCGAAGUAUUUUAUGCGCAAACUACGCAGUCCCAUCCAGUAGAUCUAAAUGUAGAAACGAAGUAUACGAACGAAUAAUUAUACCGCGUCGACUCUAAAGUUAAAGAUCGGAUUCUGUCGUCAAAUUUCUAGCUUGUUUCCAAAUAAGAAUUAAGGCUAGCAUUAGACCACGUUGCGCUUCUUUAUCAACUGGAUACAUCAGAACAGAAAGCUGUAUCAUUCUGGGGAACUUCAAAAAUCAAUAUUUUAGCAUGAAGUAUCUUGUUUAACAUUGACUUUGUGGUUGCGCGUUGAGAAAAAAGUUUACGACUUGUUGCACAACACUUCAAGAUGAAGCGUCGCUGUCUGGAGGCCCGACCAAGUAGGGACACCAGAGUGGAACUACGUUGUUUGUUUAUCAUACCUGAAAAGAACGACAGCACCUUCAUCACACGGGCGAAGGCGGUUAAAAAUAACAUUGUAUGGCUCUACGAAAUUAAUACGUCCCCUUCAACUGACUAGAAAAAAUGAAUGUAUGAUUUAGAUUUGAUUUUUUGAUUUGAUGCUGUAGCUCCCCGAAGCGAAAGAGCUAGCAGUGCCAGCACACUCAGAUUUUCCUUAUCACGCUUGAAGAAGCAAAUUAUAGAGAGGAAGAAGACCACGACUGCAGAUCACCGGCAUAUCUUAUGCAUGAAUCGACGUAGCGAGUAUCUCUAUCUUCUCUUUUCAUGAUCAGAAAGCGAAAAAUUUUCUACACCUUGCAGCAACUGAAGGAGAAGGGCGUCCUUGAGGCAGUGCUUCCUUGCAGUAGCUCAAAGAAGAUAAAUUCGACUUUGAGCUCAACUGAACUGCAAGAGCGGGGGGCACUUAAGAACUUAUGCCUUUGACAUUCAAAAUUGUUAGAAACUAGUGACAAUGAGAAUGAUACGUGACAGUGACAACUGACACACCUACUCUCAAA